AUGGUUUCAACAAGAAAUUGGAAGCAUGCUCUGGAAGAGCAGAGGACCUUCUCACUGGACCUCACCAGACACUGUCAGAUUCAGGAAAUCUGUAGCACAGGAGAGGUGAAGCCUUAUGAAAAAAUGAAUCUGAAGCAACUGAAAGAGGCCGAAGAUGAUUUUGAUGAGGAAGAUUUAAAAGCUGUUGAAAUGUACAGUAUUCCAAUGUGUGCAUUGGUUAACAGACACCUGAGUCUAUUAGCCGUAAAAUUUCCAGAAACCAAGUUUGUGAAAGCCGUUGCCAAGAGCUGUAUUGAAAACUAUCAUGAUAAUUGCUUGCCUACAAUAUUUGUCUAUAAGGAUGGUAAAAUUGAAGGCAAGUUAAUUGGCGUUGUGGAGUUUGGUGGAACAGCACUUACGGUAGAAGAUCUUGAAUGGAAGUUGGCAGAAUUUGGUGCUGUAAAAACGGAUUUAGAAGAAAACCCCAGGAAAGGUAUUAGGGACAUGAUGAUGUCCUCACUUCGAAAGGCUUCUAUAGAUGAUAACUAG